GGGAACAGCAAGGAGGUAAACAUAAUCAUCGUGCAAACACCGCCGUCCGUGGGUUCAGAGCACAUGCACCAAGGAAAAAAAACCCAAGAAGCUAGGAUCGAGAGCAUCAUCAUGCCCGAGAUCACCUGCCGCAGCACGCAUCAUGACGGCAACGACAUCAUCUAAAGCGAAAAGCAAGACAGAAAGCCCCGCCAGAAACCCCUCGCCAAACGUUUCCACAAGUUUCUCGUAAUCGCCAUCCUCGGCUGGGCCGCCUUUUUCCGCUUUCCUCCUCCCUGCGCCGUUGGCUUCCGCUUCAGUAUGUUCUCGAUCCCCCUUUCCGUCCUCUCCGCCUCAUCGUCAUCCCGUACCCGUCCCCUGAAGAACUGCACGUACGUGUCUGCGACUUUAAUAUUCUGCUCUAGAAGUCCGGUGAUCAAGUUCGUCAUGCUGGUGGUCGUCGGUGCACCGUCCGCUGUUGCUCCCUCCAAGUCCCGUGUCGUGCCUUUCACGGUCUGGGGGUCAGUGGCACCGGGUCCAGGCCGGGAUUUGGGCUGCGUCUUGCUCUCAUCCGCGGGGUCGGACUUUGCGUUGCGUCCGGCUUUCUUCUUCCUUUUGGAUGCUUCCACCCCUUUUUUUUUGCCUCCUUUCGCUCUUUCUCUUUUACAGCUGCGUCUUCCUUCGCUAUUUUGUUCUUUUCUAUUUCGACGACGCGCUUCGAUCGACGAGAUCGCUCGGCUGGUUUCUUGGUCGACGCUGCCCCUUGCUUGCAUCGUCCUCGUUUUCCAGAUAUCCGACCCCACGCUCCUAGUCUUAAUAAACGUCUUCUCCGGCGGCCGCGACCACAGCAACAACCUCAUCUCCGGAUCCACUUUCUCUAUAGCAUUCUGCAUGACAGCUUCUUCUCAAUAUCGCCCAAGUACAUCAAAAUAUGAUAAUCUUUGAAGCUAACCAGCGGUCUGAAGUAGCGCUGUAUGCACUACGGUUACGCUCCCCUCUAUAUCAGGGGGAAGGCUAGAGCCCCUAUUUAGGUAGCUCUUCUAGACCUAUUAGGGGUAUAAGAUCUAUUUUCUAAUUAGCUAUAGAGAAGCGUAGUAGCUAGAGAACUAGAGGAAGGAGAGGCUGCAGGGGGGGAAGAAGAGAGCGUGUAAGCUUUAGGGGCUCUCUAUAGCAAGCUCUAGCAGCUUCUAAGGUUUCUACGCGGGGAAAUUAAUAACUUACCUCUAAAUAUACUAGAAGUAAAUAUAUAGUAUUAGUAAUAGCUAAGUAUGCUAGAUAGCGAAGAGAAAGCUUAGUAGUAAAUACUAAGAAAGCGUAAUAGAGAG